GAAGUUAUUUAAAAUAUGAUUUCGGUAAAAGUUUUAAUGGUUUGUGUUUUAUCGGGAGGUUUAUUUGGAUUCCAAAUAUUAUUAGCUGAUGGAAUUCCGAUGCAAUGUACAGAAAGUCCUUCAACAAUGGAUCUUAAGGAAGUCAUGGAUAUUUGCAAUGCCAGUUUUUCAAUACCAAUGGAAUAUUUAACUGAAUUCAACACCACUGGAGUACUUCCUGACGAAGUUGAUAAAACUGGAAUGUGUUACAUUCGAUGUGCUUUUGAAAAAUUAGGCCUAAUCAAAGAUUGGAUAAUAGAUAAACCACUUUUACAAAAAACAAUGUGGCCAGCUACUGGAGAUUCAGUUGAAGUUUGCGAAAAAGAAGGAAAAAGUGAGCCAAACGCAUGUGUAAGAACUUAUGCAAUAGCAAAAUGCCUUAUGAUUCGAGCAAUUGUUGAUGCCAGAGACAAGCAAGUGGUUUAGAUAGACGCAAUUGUAGUGAAACUAGAACCACUAUUUUUUUCGAUUAUAAUUUGAGAAAUUGAAAAAUAAAUCCAGCAAGAAAUAAAAAAAAAA